ACAACACAUCCUCAGGAUACCGGUUGCCAGACAACCUUGCGUUUCGAUUGGCCAAUUGCUGCCUUCGUCAGCGCGUUAGAGAAGGACGAGUUACGUUCCAAAUCAGUGUGCAGUGAGUGUGUUGAAGCACAACACAUCAGCUGUAUUUCUUUCCCUGGAGAAACAGUGGGUUACAGAGGUGUCAUUUUGUAUCAAUUAGCCGCCGACACGCAACACUGCGAAAUAGCGUAGUAUUAAUAAUAAUAAUAAUAAUAAUAAUAAUAAUAAUAAUAAACAGCCAUGCGGACGAGGUGCUAAAAUAAAAGCUGUCGACGUGAAUUAAACUCAAGGGUCUGCAAAUUAUAUCACUGGCUGUAUUGUAAAGCCACUGCUGCUUAGCUCCGACCUCUCCUUCUCCAGGUGUACACAGAGUACAUUGUCAAGCCAGUUUAGACUGAGGAUGGAUUUCAAACAGCUAGUUGAUAUUGGAGAGAAGUGGUGCUCCGGUACCCCCUUCGAUCUGAUUGCUGCAGAGGAGAGCGACGAGAGACGGCUGGAUUUCUAUGCAGAACCCGGACUUUCAUUCUACGUCUUGUGCCCUGAUCUGAGUAAUGGUGCAGAUAAUUUUCACGUGUGGAGCGAGAGUGAGGACUGCCUGCCGUUUCUCCAGCUGGCUCAGGACUACAUCUCCUCCUGUGGCAAGAAGACCCUCCUUGAGAUACUGGAUAAGGUCUUCAAGUCCUUUAGGCCUCUGCUCGGGCUUCCAGAUGUAGAUGACGAUGCAUUUGAGGACUACCAAGCUGACAUGGAGGAGGAGGAGCCAGAGGCAGACCACCAACAGACAGGCGUCAGUCAGCAGUAACACAGCCGAGCCGAGGGGAAGGGGAGAGGUGGGGGAGAAGAAUACUCUGUGAAGCUGUUCCCAGACCCACUGACUCGAACACACCUCUGCAGGGAUUCGGUGGAGGAUAAUCGGGAGCAUUCCACACACCCUUUCCUUUAAAUGUUCAACAACAAUGCUUUCCAAGUAGUAUGGUAUCGAUAAGCUUAAUUUUCCAGGAGUCCUGAAAGUUUUAGUUGUGCAUAUGUAUUAUCAGAGUAACAAUUUGGCAGAUUUCUUCUGAAACUGGAUUUGGUUCACCUUAAAAUCUACUCUACCUGGUCUGCCCAAAUGUUUGGCAGCACUGUAAUGUGUAUGUUCCCUGAAGACCAUUCUGAGCAAAUUUGUAGGAUGCUUACAAUGUGGAUAUUCAUGGAGUGUUGUAGUUGAGAUGGCUAUUUUGCAGCCAUCCUAGCGAGUGGAAAACAUAUGGCACUCUGUGAAAUUUCAUGGAGUAUUCUGUUUAUUUUCUGUUACAAUAUAUACAAAAGAAAGUAUGUUUAAACCUAAAUUAAAUGGGUGAAUUGUGAGAAUAAUUUUACUUAGAUGAAGCUCAGCAACGCAGCAUUGGAGCGCUGUGAUUUGUCCAGUUAUUCUGCUGUUCGAUUUGAUUUAAUGCGAGAUGGAUUCCAAAAUAUUCACUCCAACAUUGAAAAGUAAAACGUUAUACAAAGCUAGAACACUGUUGACAGCAACAACAACAAAAAAGAGAAGGUUUUGCACAACUUUAAAAAAAAAAAAAUCAGGAAAAGUUGUAUAUCAAUUUCAUAGAAAAUCAUUUGAUCUGUAAUUAUUUUAAAAUGUCUUAAGGCCACAAAGAAGUUGCUCUGUUUUUUUUUUUCGUUUUGAAUAAACAUCAUGCAAAUUUGCUCAGGACAUCACGGAAAGAAACUAGACGAAUGAAGAUAUUGUUGCCAAAAAACUCAAAAUCUACAUCAUUUAAAACUAUGUAGUGUCCUCGGAGACCAUUCAUUACAGCCUGUUUGUAAAAAGGUGUGUUUGCCACUUGCUUAUAGGGUAAUUUAAAUCUAAUAGUCACCACCUAACUCUGCUGAAGUUUUUAUCUUGUUUAAAGGUGCACUGUCAACCAGCUAAAACAUUGGUACUGUAGGCAAUUUUUGCUUGCUGCUUCUCGGUAUAGUGGUCAGUUUACAUCUAAAUCUUUGGUUUUUGUUAGACCCCUACAGUAAUGUUGAGAAAGUUACCAAUUAACAGUGAUUUGGAACAUAAACUGUUGGAGUAUUUGAAGUGCACAUAACCUUGAACAGGACAGUAACCCGAGAUGUCACCAAUAAUGUAAAACGCAGUCUAAAGACCAGCUUACAAAGUGUUCCGUGUAGAAGUUGAUCUGUGUGUCUUGUAGUUAAUGUGAGGGAUUUGCUGUCUGUUACUAGCUUUGCCUUGCAUGCGAGAAUAUACUGUUACAAUCUAUCUCAAACAAAGUUAGCUAAAGACGAGUUUAAGGCAAUUCAAUUUGAAAAUGUACACUAAAAAGGUUAUCUAACGUACAGUAAAAGGUACACUCCUUCCUUGUAGAGUUACAAUGUUGUAAAACUGUUCAAGCUAGACACAUUGGAUGUAGCUUGCUAGAUGUAGGAGUCAUUAUGUACACUGGGUCGAGGUUUGCCAAUACCCAUACCAGUACUCGUAAUUGCCUUUAAGAAGUUUAUCGGCAUUGCCUUUAAGAAGUAUUCAUGGAAGAACACGUUAACGAACGGAUGUAUUUAAUACCUGCAGAUAAAUACUUCUUAAAGGCAAUCACAAGUAUAAGUAUCAGCACACCCCUAAUACUGGGCAUAGUAAAUUUGCCAGUAACAUACAUUUCCUAGGACUAUGUACGUAUGGACAGAUAUGCACUUCCAUAUAACCCCAGAUUCAUACUCUAUAGCCAUUUGUCACAUCAGUUUUCAUCACAAUGGGAAACGUAGUUAUCUAGAUAUAGCAGAUUCUGAUACUCCUAAGAACUUAAGAUAAAAAGCUGUUCUUUAGUUAAAUGCAUUUUUUAUUUGAAUUUUAUUUUUAAAUGUGUUUAGGUUUAGUCCAUUGAAAGGCAAGCACAUCGUUCACAGGGACACCCCGAUGUUCACAGGAACAUCCUUUCAGAUCGUUAUCAUUAACAAAUUUGACCUACGGACACCUUCACUUUACCCCUGACGCUGUAGAAAUGUAACCUACAUAGGAGAUACUAACUUAAAAUAAUGUAAUGUGUUCUUGGUAAUGCUGAAAGCUUUUAAAUUGUCGUAUGCCUUUUGCUGGGGCAUAUGUAAUGUAAUGUUUUCAUGAAUUACUUUAAGUAUUUUUUUUUGUUUGUUUUUUAAAAGGUCUUAAUCACUCCUCACAUACAGAUAGAACCAUGUAGUCCUGGGUUUUUAUCAGUAAUUGUGUAUGGAUGAAAAAAACCUUCAAACCGUUGUAUUUCAGAGACAACAGGAUCUGUUACUGGCCCUUGUGAUGACAGGAUCUCUUCUUUCAGACAGUGGUGUUCUUCCAGGGAGUUAUGGGGCUUUCUCUGACACCCUGGUGGAGGGACAGGUUUUCAGUGCACCUUUAGAGAUGAGAUUGAUUGUUUUGGAGUUUUGAUAUAAUAUAAGUAACAACAAAUACAUGACAUUUUUUAAUUGGUAUUUUGCUAAAAGGCACUUUGGGGAAACAUGCUGAGACGCUUGACUUCACUUCGCGUUGUUAUGUGAGCACAACGGAGAUGCAUUUUACAUUUUUAGUAGGGGUGUCAGUCUACGUUACAUUUAGUAAAAGUUUAAACUCUGAGAUCUCUUGUACUAAAUUAAUUUAGUACAUUACUAAUCUGCAGUGCUAUUACAGUACUUGUACAGUUUGUAGUACCCUUCUGUAUUGCUACAGUCAAUGGAAAGUUUUGUUUGAACUAGUUCAGCUACGCUAUUUCUGAAUGUCAGUGUUAUUUUUCCAUUGCUUCAGUUGGUGUCCAGAUUAUGUUUCUUUGUGAAUUUGGCAAAACCAUUAAGCUCUUUAAGGGGGCUUAUUUUCAAAGCUUGGUAACUUAUGUGGAGCAAAUGUCUGUCAAUAAAGCAAAUCAUAUUUUUAUUCAGCUUCACUUAAUUAAGAUAAGCAUGAUAUAAAUGGAAGAUAAAAUACAGGAGUGGAGUAGAUUUACUCAAAAUCAUCUUUCCCAGUUUUAUAAAAUAUCCCCCUGAGUGUAAAUGGUACACUUUAGUUUACUACAGUUAGUGUACACAUUUACAGAUCUAUCAGUCACAGAGUGUGAAGGAACACAAAGAUUAUUGUAAAACCUGAGCUCUAAAGGGGAAAUUACGACUGAUAUGCAAUCUAAACGCAGAAGUGCUCAGACUAAUGCUACAAAACGAAAACACACGUUUACCCAAUACUUGUGUUACCGAUGUGUUCCCUCUUAGAGCUGUUCUGUGAUAAUUAAUGUGUGUGCACUAUAAGGCUACAGUAUGGCUGUUUUAAAAUGACUGCAUGCCGUCGCGAUUCUGUUAUCAUAACCCAGAAGGGACGCCAAACUUUUUGAUAAAACAAAAUCUUUCAGCGAAGACAGAAUUCUAAAGGUAAAUUCUUAUUUAACCAGUACAGCACAACUGUGGAACAUUUUCAUAACAGCAAUAGCUGGAUUUUUUCAGCUGCUUUCCUAGACUUGUCUUGGAUUACCUAAUGUUAACUUGGCUAAUGUAGUCCAGGGUAAUGUUACCUUGGCUAAUGUAGUCCAGGGUAAUGUUAGGGUUAGGGUGGACCAGGAUCUAGGAAACCAGCUGAUUGUGUUUUCACAGAGCUAACAUUUCUAAAUUAGGUUCCUGUUGAAACAAAAACCUGUGAAGCACUUUAAAGAAGGAAAUGCAUGGAACCAACCUGCUGAGUUUGUCUAAUUGUUUCUCUGAUAAUGCUGAACUAGAACAAACUAGAAGUAUGCUAAUCUGGCCUUAAUGAGCUAAACUUAAUGUACUCUGACUUCUUCCAUAGUGGGAACUUGACCUCUAACCUAUGUUUUAUGCAUAUUGAGCUACUAGAGUAAACUUGCACAUCGCAGUAUGUAAAUUAAAGAAAUAACACUGUGGGUUGCUGGUAAGCUAGCUCAGUCGGAUGUAAUUUCAUCAGUUGUUGCUAGACCGCUAUCAUUAACAAAGCCUCAUGCACCUAACUCAGGGGUGGGUAAUUCCGGUCCUGGAGGGCCAGUGUCCUUUGUUCCAACUGUGCCCUAAGUUACUUAAUUGCACCAAUUAAGUGCUUAUUAUAAGCUUAAUUGGUCAGUUGGAACAAACACCAGGAGGGACACCUGCCCUCCAGAACCUGAAUUGUCCACCCCUGACCUUACUGAUCCGUUCUGCAGGCAACAACCUGAAGGUUCUCGCAGUGCUCACUGUGUGACCCAGAUCUAUGUGAUGAUAUGUUUUUACUGGGUUUUUUUGUUUGUUUUUAUUGUGUUUUUUUGUUUUACAGCAACUGCCUACCUGUCCUCGGUGUAUACAUGUUAGUGUUUUUAAUAUUGAUCAAAGUACUGAACAUUGGACCUGCUUAUGGCUUUUAUGAACUUGAUUAAAUUCAGCUACAGGGCUCUGA